CAAAUACCCGGCCUAAAUUUGAAAUCAAAGCAAACCACCACCGGGAGACAGCGAAAUGGCAGCGGAGCAGGAGGAGGCCAUCGCCGGCAAGCGGGACGGAAGCGGCGCCAUCUCCGACGCGCUCUCCCUCUUCGCCUCCCGCCUCUCCCGCCGCAGGUUCGGGGAGGAGGAGCUCCGGGUGCUGGAGGCGGCGCUCUCCGCCGGCGGGGACGUGGCCGCGCUGCUCGCCACGCGCUCGGAGGCCCGGCGCCUUCUCAGGGAACGCGCGGCCGAGGCGUUCGCCGCCGCCGUCGAGGAAGGGGACGGGGCGAGGCUCGCGGUCGCUGACUUCUUCGCGCGCGCCUUCGCCCUCGCCGGCGACGUCGAGAGCUGCCUUGCUAUGAGAUACGAAGCGCUGGUUCUGCGAGAGGCCAAAUACUCCCACGACAUUCAUCUGCGUGUGUCCCAUGAAGAAUGGUCUACUUUUGCAAAGGACUCUCUCGACAAUGGGUUCUACGCCAUUGCUUCCAAGGCUUCUGCAAAUGCACUUGUGCACAUUCAUCCCAGCCGCUUGGGAUACUUGGACUCUACUAAUUCCAUUCUGAAGAAGGACAAGAUUGACGAUAUAAGAGGACUCCAAAACUUGGCCAAGUUAUUAUCUGCGCAGCAUUCUGUUCAGACACAAUCAGCUGAAUACAUGAAAAGGAAAGCUUCAGGCGUCAAUGAGAAGUGUGAUUUGCACCCAACAAAACCAAAGUUACCAGGGAGUGUGAUGUUUAGGCUGGGGAUCAGAACAAGGAACGCACAGAAACUACUUCAUAGCCGCAAGAGGAACUUAGAAGAGGUCUAAGUUGAUGUCUGACAUCUUCCCCAAGACCAAGACAAGAAGAGUGGCAUGUCUUUCCUACGAGCCUUUUUUCGAUACAAGAGGUGAGUUUGAUGCUUCAGUUUUACUCCUGGUUCCCUGACAUAGCUUCGAACUUCUCAGUCUAGAGCCUGGUACCUAUUGAGCAUCUGCAGGACGUAACAUCAACACAGAUUUGGUUUUAUCUCAGUUAUUGGCUACCUCGUUGAUAGCUGAGGAUAUUUUCUCCCAUCAUUAGUUGUUUUCCUUCAUUAAAUACAUCCAUAACUCUGUAUGUGUAUGUUGCUCCUUAUCAGAUCACUUUGAACUUUCUCUGUAAGAUAACUAUGUCAUGGCAUACGUCUGAUUUGAUAGAACAGAAGUGUGGGGUUUUCAUGGGUAGCA